GUCACAGAGGCCUCGCUGUACUCAGGAGUCUGUUCACAGAUCUUCAAAAGAGAGAGUGUGGUCCUCCAGAAAACCGUCUACUGCUUCGUUCAUCUGAGCGUUCAGGAGUUUCUGGCUGCAGUCUACCUGUUCCACUGUUACACCAACAGGAAAACACAGGUCUUGGAGUACUUCCUGGAAAAUAGAGGUGAUGAUGAUGAUGAGGACGAUGAGGAUUCUGAUGACUACAGUGACAAUGACCAUUACCCAUCUCUAGAUGAUUUCCUGAUGAAGGCCAUGGAGAAAUCCAUUGAGAGUAAAAAUGGCCACCUGGACCUGUUUGUCCGCUUCCUCCAUGGCCUCUCUCUGGAGUCCAACCAGAGACUCUUAGGAGGCCUGCUGGGUCAGACAGACAACAGUCCAGAAAUCAUCCAGAGAGCCAUCAACAACCUGAAGGAGAUGAAUGCUAAAUUGAUCUCUCCAGAAAGAAGCAUCAACAUCUUCCACUGUCUGACAGAGAUGAAGGACCACUCAGUCCAUCAGGAGAUCCAAGAGUUCCUGGAGUCUGAGAACAGAUCAGAGAAGGAACUCUCUGAGAUCCAGUGCUCAGCUCUGGCCUACAUGCUGCAGAUGUCAGACCAGGUUCUGGAUGAGUUGGACCUAGAAAAGUACAACACAUCAUGGGAGGGUCGACUCAGACUGAUCCCAGCUGUGAGGAACUGUACAAAGGCUCGACUUCGAGAAUGUUGGCUGUCAGAGACUCACUACGAUCUUGUGGCUUCAGCUCUGAAUUCCAACCCCUCCCAUCUGAGAGAGCUGGACCUGAGAGGAAACAAGCUGCAGGACUCGGAAGUGAAGCUGUUGUCUGAUGGACUUCAGAGUCCACACUGUAGACUGAAGUCACUUUUACUUGCCAAUUCUGGACUGACAGAGAUCAGCUGUGCUUCUCUGGUCUCAGUCCUGAAGUCUAAUUCCUCCCAUCUGAGAGUGCUGGACCUGAGCAGAAACAACCUGCAUGAUUCAGGAGUGGAGUUACUGUCUGCUGGACUGCAGAGUCCACAAUGUACUCUUGAGACUCUCGGAUUGAGUGACUGCAUAUUGUCACAGACCAGCUGUGCUUCUCUGGCCUCAGCUCUGAAUUCCAACCCCUCCCAUCUGAGAGACCUGGACCUGAGUCACAACUCCGAGCUUCAGGAUUCAGGAGUGACGCAUCUCUGUGAACUUCUGGAGAGUCCACACUGCAGACUGAAAACUUUGAAACUGAAUCACUGUGAACUACCAGGGAGCUGCUGUGCUUCUCUGGCCUCAGCUCUGAAAUCCAUCCCCUCCCCUCUGAGAGAGCUGGACCUGAGCUACAACACACUGCAGGAUUCAGGAGUGGAGUUACUGUCUGCUGGACUGCAGAGUAGACACUGCAGACUGGAGACUCUGAGGUUGAUCUGCUGUCUUCUUACGGAAGGAAGUUGUCUUUCUCUGGCCUCAGCUCUGAAGUCCAACCCUUCCCAUCUGAGAGAGCUGGAGCUGAGCUUUAACAAAGUGAAGGAUUCAGGAGUGGAGCGGCUGUGUGCUGUUGUGAAGAGUCCUCAUUUCAGACUGGAGACUCUGAGGUUGAAGGACUGUAAGAUCACAGAUGACGGCUGUGCUGCUCUGGCCACAGCACUGAAGUCCAACCCCUCCCAUCUGAGAGAGCUGGACCUGAGCCACAACUACAGGCUGCUGGGUCCAGGAGUUAAGCUGCUGUGGGACCUUAUGGAGAGUCCAAACUGUGGACUGGAGAUUCUGAAUGUUAAAGGGUCAGCUGCCACGUUGGCUGGAGCCCAGAAGAAGAGUGAUCUGGAGGACCACGACAGACCAGGUUCUCCAGGACCCAACUGUCUGUGAAGGUCUAAAGAUCCUCCAAGCUUCAGUAAUGACCCCCCAGACCCAAAGUAAGAUUGUG